AACGAUCGUUUAGUUGAGUUUUGUGUUUGCAAGCUUGAAGAAGACCAAGAAUCAUAAACCUGGAAAUUAUUGUUAAAACAUCAUGUGCAAGAAAAGAAACAAUUUAAGCGUCACGCUCAAAAUGGGGCCAAAUUUUCACCAUUUUUUUGGCUUUGGGGUGUGAUGGAAUAAAUCAAAAUGGAUCUCUAAACUGUCUGCGCUUCUUUAAUUAAUGAAGUAGCAGUUAGUCAAGCAAUGCAACUUUCGACGUUGAGCCGGGGGUCUCUUUGGAAACAGCCUCUCUACUUUCGAGUAGGUGUAAGUGCUUAUGAUGAUUGAUGAGAAAGGAUUAAUGUUUGACUCUGCGGCGGUGUAAUUGUCACUGCUCCAAAGCUGACACAGCUUCCCAAGUUAGAGAAAGAAAAAGAUUUAUACUGCUCCGUAUUUGUAAUUAAUUUUCGUUUUUAAAAAAAACAUUUUGUUUUGUAUUCUUUUUGGGACAUUUUGAUUUUAACGGUUGUUGAUUAUCACAUGGAUAGAUGGAUAGAUAUGUGCGAAAGAAAAAGAUUCUUUUUCUUCCAUUCUAAUUUUUUUUUUUCAAUUUAAAAUUUCCUUUUUUCCACAUUGAUUGGUUGGAUUUUUAAGAAUAGGUAUUAGGGCUUCUUUCAUUGCUUCUUGCGCUCACGCAUUUUCGUAUUCUGUGGUGGAAUUUGGAGCUCCCGAUUGGCGUAGGCCCUCGAUCGCCGUUGAUUUCUUCUUCAAGAUUCCUCUGUUUUCUCGUCUGGGCUGCUCUGCUUCUGCUUCAGAAGGGAGUAGGGUGAUAUGGUAAAGGGAGUCUUGGUUAUUGAUAUAAGGCUGGUUAUUGGGUAUGCAAAGUGUGCUGGACUUUCAUAGUCAAGGAGAGUGAAGAAAGUUGGAGUCUGGAGAUAGCCACCAGGAGAAACUGUCCUGAUGUAUUCUGCUCUGGGGACUUCCAAAUAUAGUUGUAGUCUUCUGGCAGUUGUGUUUGGUAGUGCUGCAGAGAAUGAAAACACCCAAGAUUUUGAAGGGGAUACACUUCGAUAUCCCUUCCCGAAGAUGGCAUCAUCUGGUCAUUUGGAGGUUCAACUUUUAAAAAAUCCCAGUUCAGAUGAAUUUCGUAAGGCUGUCUGUUCAGUGAAACCAAACAUUGUGUUAGUUCAGGGAGAGUAUCUAAACGAGGAACUUGAUAUGUUAGUAUGGGAAGGUUUUAACCUGUCUUCUGAAGAAUCAACUUCUGGGCUUUCGGGUUCUGGAUUUCCGAGCACAGUUUACUUGGAGCUCCCAGAAGGAGAAGGAUUGGCUGAGGCUCUUCACUCAAAGGGAAUUCCUUAUGUGAUAUAUUGGAAGAACGUGUUUUUUCGUUACGCUGCUUGCCAUUUUCGCCAUGCAUUGUUUUCAGUUGUACAGAGCUCACCUUGUCACACUUGGGAUGCAUUCCAACUAGCAAAUGCUUCAUAUAGGCUAUAUUGUUCACACAACAAUAUUCUUCUCCCUGAUAAUAGUCAAAUGAGUGGCGGUAUGAUGGUCCCUCAGAUCCUUGGAGAACCUCCGAAGAUUGAUGUUCCUUCACCAGAGCCAGGUGAUGAAGAUGACGGAGAAAGCUCCCUUGGACUUCUUUCUUCCAUCAAAAUCUAUGAUGAUGAUGUGAAUAUGAGGUUUCUUGUUUGUGGAACGGCACAGUUAUUGGAUAAUUGUCUGCUGGAUUCCCUAGAGGAUGGCCUCAAUGCCCUUUUAAGCAUAGAAAUGCGGGGUAGCAAGCUCCAUAAUAGGGCCAGUGCCCUUCCACCACCACUAGAGGCAAGUACAUUUUCUCGUGGAGUGGUGACUAUGCGUUGCGAUCUAUCAACCAGUAGUUCUGCUCAUAUUUCUCUUCUAGUGUCGGGCAGUGCUCAAACGUGCUUUGAUGAUCAGCUUUUGGAGAAUCACAUAAAAAGAGAAAUAAUUGAAAACACCCGACUGGUGCAAGCCGUGCGGUGUGGUGAAGAAAGACAGAUUCCUUUAUCUGAACCUCGAAGAUCUGUUUCAAUAGCUUGUGGUGCAGCAACUUUUGAAGUGUGGAUGAAGGUUCCUACAUGGGCUUCACAGGUUCUAAGGCAACUGGCACCGGAUUUUUCAUACCGUAGCUUAGUAGCACUUGGCAUUGCAAGCCUUCAGGGAGUAGCUGUUGCCACAUUUGAGAAAGAGGACGCAGAAAGAAUCCUUUUCUUUUGCAAGGAAGCCCCUGGGAAGGAUCUCCGUUCUAGAGUUAGUUUUAACAAUAUUACCAUCACGCCCCCAAUGUGGUUAAGACCGCCUCCUCCUACCAGAAAGAGGUCUUCUUCAAUGUACCAAGAAUCCGGCCUAAAGAAUGAAGAGGAAAAGGAGAAUGGGCUUUUCGUGCCUGUUGGGCCCACCAGAAAGAAGGUGAAAGUUGCGGCAAUGAGACCCGUUCCUCAUCUCCAUCACCAAAAACUGGUUCCCUUCUCUGCCGGAAUUUCGGAGGUGGAGGCUCGUAAUGACGGGACCCAGUUUGUGAAAUAUAAUAUGCCCAAUGUUUCUUCAACAAAGGCCUGUAACGUUGGGGUUAAUUCUCUUAGUCAACGGAAAUCAUUGCCAAGCUCAAAUCAAGCGAAGCAAAUUAUCUCUUUGAAUCCCCUUCCUCUGAAGAAGCAUGAAUGUGGUAGAAGCCCCAUACUUGUCUGCUCUGAGGAAGAAUUCCUUAAGGAUGUGAUGCAGUUUCUUUUACUCCGUGGCCAUACGCGCCUCAUUCCUCAAGGGGGACUUGCCGAGUUUCCCGAAGCCAUACUCAAUGCCAAACGUCUUGACCUAUUCAACUUGUACAGGGAGGUGGUGUCUAGAGGUGGUUUUCAUGUUGGGAAUGGCAUCAACUGGAAAGGACAAGUUUUCUCCAAAAUGCGCAAUCACACUAUAACAAAUAGAAUGACCGGUGUUGGGAACACACUUAAAAGGCAUUAUGAGACAUACCUGUUGGAGUAUGAACUGGCACAUGAUGAUGUUGAUGGGGAAUGCUGCUUGUUGUGCCACAGUAGUGCUGCUGGUGAUUGGGUGAAUUGUGGGAUGUGCGGCGAAUGGGCCCACUUCGGUUGUGAUAGAAGGCCUGGUCUUGGCGCCUUCAAGGAUUAUGCAAAGACAGAUGGACUAGAAUACAUAUGUCCUCAGUGCAGCAUUACCAAAUUCAAGAAGAAAAUUCAGAGAAGUACAAACGGCUAUUCUUGAGGAGGCAGGCAAGGCUUAACACGGCAAUCCGUUUUCCGGGGUUCUUACUAAUACUACUACUACUAAUCCUGAUUAUCAAUUUUUUUUCGUCGUUUACAUUUUUGCCCCUCCCUUCUACAUAGUAGUUAACUUUUCUCGUUAGACCUGCCCUUAUUAUGAGCAGGCAAAUGUGGGCAAUAUGUAUCUAUCUUCAAGGUGUGCUUGGGGAGAGGAAUAGGAAUAUGGUCAGUAGGAAAUUAUAAGCAAGAGAGUGAGAAGCUUGACAUGUGAAGGGAACAAACAAAAUGUUGUACUUGUAAUAGUAGUAGUAUUAGUACAUAUCUUAUCACAAAAUCAUUUUUUGCGAGUAUAAUUCGCAUGAAUUUGAGUCUGUAAAAUCCGCGCGCAUGCAAAGAGCGUGGAUUUUACAGUCAAAUUCAUGCAAAUUACUGUCCCUUUGAAGAGAGGGGCCCCCUACCCCAAAGCAUGAAAUCUUUGUUUGUUCUUUUUCUAAAUGUGAAUUGUAACUAAAACACGGCACGUGGAGUAAUAAUACUAAAAAACACAGUGUUACUCACGGGCUUCAUUUGUAUUGA